AUGAUUCAUUGGUUUAGUGGUAUAAUAGAACCCUUAGUUAGUAGUCCUGUAGAAGACCUGAUAGAAUUUUUAUGUAUUAAAGGUAUACUCAAAAGGUAUGUAAAGUGUGGAACAUGUCUUCUAGAUAUGAAAACGAAACCAUACACUAGAAAUAGUGAUAGUGUGGCGUUCAAGUGUUGUAAUAGAAAUUGUAAUGAUUUUUCCAAGUAUGUUUCAAUAUGCACCAAGUCACUACUAUCAGGCUUCACUGUACCUCUAAGAGACUUUUUAUUAGUGGCUUAUAAAUGGUUUAAUAACCAUACACAUGAACAGAUAGGUACUGAGGUGAAUAUUAAAAAUAAGUCAAUUAUUAAAAUUAUUGAUUUACUUCGUAAUCAAUGUUUUAAAUAUAAGACAAAAAAUCCAAUUCGUCUUGGUGGUGAUGGUAUGAUUGUUCAAAUAGACGAGAGUUUAUUUAGACAUAAACAAAAAUACCAUCGAGGUAGACAACCAACAAGAGAGAUUUGGGUAUUUAGACUAGAUGAUUGUUCAUUUAUUCCAGCAAAAAUCUCAUUGUAUGUUGUUCCUAACAGGACUGCUAACACUCUACUACCAAUAAUAGAACGAGUUUGUGCUUCAGGAACAAUAAUCCACAGUGAUCAGUGGAAAGCAUAUUUAGGCAUAAGUAGUAAAUUAAGACUUGCACAUUUCACUGUUAAUCACAGUGAAGGGUUCGUAAAUCACAAUAACGGUGUUCAUACACAGAACAUCGAAAGUAUAUGA